AUGUAUGCAGGCGGGCGACCCCGAAUGCCCGGGAUGAUCGAGCAUCCCAUGCAACCAUUUCUGCGCCCCGAAGUACCACGACUCGGCGCCAGUGGUGGCGCCCCCCUCAACAAUCCGCUAGGAGUGGCAAAAUUCGCUUCCGGAGCGCUAAAUUUGUUUCCAGCAGCAGUUUCACAGCCGACGCCAGUUGUUCCAUUAAUCGUUUCGCAAGCCGCUGCUCCAGGGAAUCUCUUCGGUCUUAGGCCAUUGCUUCCUGUGCCAUGUCCAGUCACACAGAGACUGGCACAGCUGCGCGUCGGUAUUUGGAAAUAG